CGUGGGCUGGCGCACAUGCGCGGUGGCGCCGCCCCGCCCACCUCCGCGGCGGCGAGCGGAGCGAUCCAGCGGGGACCCCGCGCUCGCGCGCUCCGGUCCGACGAGAGGCGCGGUGCGCCUGCGCCUGGGUGGGUGUGUCGAUUGUCUAAAGCCACCGGGAAAAUGGUGGAAAAUUCACCGUCGCCAUUGCCAGAAAGAGCGAUUUAUGGCUUUGUCCUUUUCUUAAGCUCCCAGUUUGGCUUCAUACUAUAUCUCGUGUGGGCAUUUGUUCCUGAAUCUUGGCUAAACUCCUUAGGCUUAACCUAUUGGCCUCAAAAAUACUGGGCGGUCGCAUUGCCUGUCUACCUCCUCAUUACUAUAGUAAUCGGUUAUAUACUCUUAUUUGGAAUAAACAUGAUGAGUACCUCUCCACUCGACUCCAUUCAUACAAUCACAGAUAACUAUGCGAAAAAUCAGCAGCAGAAGAAAUACCAAGAAGAGGCCAUCCCAGCGUUAAGAGAUAUUCCUAUUAGUGAAGUAAACCAAAUGUUCUUUCUUGCAGCCAAAGAACUUACACCCAAAAACUGAGUUGUGUGUAGACUAGCAGCACACAUUUAUUAUACGUUUUUGAUGUAAUAAUUUUGACCAUAAUUAUUUUGACUACCUCUCUUAUUAAUCCCUGGUGUUGAAAUAUAAAAAGAUGUAAGUUGAACUUCUCUUAGGUUAAGUUUCAUUAGUAUUUAAGUAUUCUCAAAUAUAAGUUAUUAAGGAGAGAAUAAAUAAAAUACUGCAUUACCAUA